UUCCCGACUCCUUCGCGGCGGCACCGCGACGGUGCGUGGCGCCCGACGCGAUGGCGGAGCCUCCGGACUUUCUCUCGGCCCGGGACGUGGGAUCAUUUGCAUAUAUUACAAUGAAAGACAGAACACCACAGAUUUUAACCAAGGUUAUUGAUACGUUGCAUCGACAUAAAAGUGAAUUUUUUGAGAAAUAUGGAGAGGUUGGCAUGGAAGCUGAAAAGAAAGCUAUUUCCCUUCUUUCUAAGUUACGGAAUGAAUUGCAGACAGAUAAGCCCAUCAUCCCCUUGGUUGACAAAUGGGCUGAUACUGACAUAUGGAAUCAAUACCUGGAGUAUCAGCGGAGCCUUUUGAAUGACAGUGAUAGGAAACCAAGCUGGUUUCAGUCCCCAUGGUUAUUUGUAGAAUGCUACAUGUAUCGCAGAAUUCAUGAAGCCAUUAUCCAGAGCCCACCACUUGAUGACUUUGAUGUGUUUAAAGAAUCCAAAGACCAAAAUUUCUUAGAGUCUCAGGAGUCUGUCAACGUUUUAUGUACUUACUUGCAACAGCUGACAAUUGAAGACCUGGAUGAAAAUCAGCUGAAAGAUGAAUUUUUUAAACUUCUACAGAUUUCACUCUGGGGAAAUAAAUGUGAUUUGUCUCUAUCUGGGGGAGAAAGUAGUUCUCAGAAGACUGAUCUACUGAAUUCUUUGGAAGACUUAAAACCUUUCAUCUUAGUAAAUGAUAUGCAGCAUCUCUGGUCAUUGCUUAGUAAAUUGAGAAAAACAAGAAAAAAAACAUCCAUAGUUAGAGUAGAUUUUGUUCUAGAUAAUUCUGGGUUUGAACUUAUUACAGAUUUUAUAUUAGCUGACUUCUUGUUGUCCUCUCGAUUGGCUACUGAGAUUCAUUUUCAUGGAAAAAUGAUUCCGUGGUUUGUUUCUGAUACUACUCUACGUGACUUUAACUGGGUGAUGGAGCAAGUAAAACAUGGUAAUCAUGAGCACCAGGCCAAGUGUGGGGGUGAUUGGGAAAAGUACGUGCAAGCAGGAAGAUGGGUUUACCACGAUCAUGUAUUUUGGACUCUGCCUUAUGCAUACUGUGCCAUGUUCCAGGUUGCCCCUGACUUAUAUGCUGAACUACAGAAGGCAUGUCUGAUUAUAUUCAAGGGUGAUUUGAAUUAUAGGAAGCUGGCGGGUGACAAAAAAUGGGAGUUCACUGUUCCAUUUCAUGAGGCUCUGAAUGGCUUCCAUCCUGCACCUCUGUGCAGCAUAAGAACACUGAAGGCAGAGAUUCAGGUGGGUCUGCCACCUGGGCUCGCUGAGCAGCUCACAGCUUCUGAUCCCAGCUGGCUGACCACGGGGAAGUAUGGCAUAUUCCAGUUUGAUGGGCCAGUUUGAAUCCAGCUGUGUAGAAAGGUCUUUGCACCCUGGAAGCGCACUUGCUGCCCGUGGGUGACAGUGGCCCCACCACACUGCUUUGGGAAUGGAGGGGUUUAAGCUAGUGGCUGAUAUUUAUACUUGUGCCAGAAUUUCAGAAAGUAUUACAAGGUAAACGUAUAGUUUCCAAAUAGCCUUAAAGAACUUAUUUGUAAUUUGGGGAAAAGCAAAUUAUAAAUAAAUUCUCCUUUAUAAGUUAGUUUUAUUUUAUUUUCUUAGCAUACUGCAUGGUGUUUGAUAUUCUAGGGAGCAUGGAAUUUAAUUUUGAGCUCCUAGAACAAUGAUUACUCAGUGAAAACAUACAUUUUAGUGACUCUUUGUAAAGAGAGGCAUUUUUUACAACUGUGAUGCUUGAACAUAUAGGAGUGAUACCUCAUAAGUGAAUUACAACUCCUGUUGUCCUUGAACUGUCUCAUUUUAAUAGUCUCUUUUAUUGCAUGUGUUUGUGUGUUGACUGACCUGAAAAAUGAAUGCCAGGAAGCACAAAAUUGAACAGUGUAACACAUACAUUUUAUUUAUGCUCGCUAUAAUCACCUGAAAUGAUUAUUAGUUCUAAGCAUUUUAAAUGAACAGACUUUUAGUUUUCAACUUUAGAAAACUGCUUUACAUAGAAAAUAUUCCUAUGCAUUGAAUUUAUAUAAUACCAACAAGGAAUUCAUUUUUAUAUUACACAUUUUAUUGUUCAUAACCACAGAUAUUAAAAACUAAACAUUCAUGUCAGUUUGUUUUGAAACUGAAAUUGGAAUUGGAAAUGUUUUCUUGCACUGGAAUAAUAAAAUGAGUUGUACU